AUGAUGGACUCGGCAUGUGCUUCAGCGCAAGAAAAUGCAACAAUUCUGGAGGACAUGCUGGUCAAGCAAGCUGGACUUGGCGACCCUGCGCAACACCCAAACACAACUCCGCUGGGCAACCGCAUAGUUCUUGUCUUUGGAGAUCUUGGGGUGGGAGAUCGCAUUCAGAGUGCAAAGGCUUCACGCAGUGAAGAAAGCACAGCAUGGCGUCGUUUGGAGAACAUUGUCUAUGUUAUGGGUCUUUUCCAUGUCAAGAUGGCCUGUGCUGACGCAAUUCACCGUGCAUUUAUUGCUGCCAAACCUGCUCGAAAAGAUACCGACAAAUACAGUCUCUUUCAUCAUGCUGAGACAAUUCGGCGAAAGGAAUCCAGUAAGAUCCAGACAAAACCCGGCUUCCGACUGAUGCACGAAAUCAUCCUUCACACGGGAAUCGGUUGUCGACUUGAUAUUUGGCGCACAUUUAUCAAAAAGAUUAAUUCUCAGUGGACAUCUUUGGAGAAGUACGCCGAGUCAAUGCCCUUAUUUGACGAUAUCUGUGCAGUCUCGCGUCGCAUUGUGAUGGAAUAUGUUGCCAAACGUGACAUCAUAUCCAAGUUACGCAAAACAGUCUACUGGGGGUCGGGAUAUGGUUCGGGAAAAUAUGCUUCUCCGGCAGCAAAUCUUUCUUCUAUAUGA